GUUUUUUUGUUUUGGCUCGCUUCUUCGUUUCGCUCUCAACUUUUCCUUUUUACCUAGAAAAGAAAAAGAGAAUCUUCUUCUUCGUUUUUAACAAAUACAUGUCUCUGCUUUUAACUACUUCUUAUGUUUCUUUCAAAAUUUGAAACUUAAGUCUCAAAUUGUAUAGUUUCAAGAAUAGGAGAAGAUGAUGAAAAGAUCUCCAUUUCGUCACAAAAUGAGGCAGAGUCUCUCUGAUAUUACUAACUCUCAGUCUCAAGAAGAGCUUAAUCUUCACAAGAUCGGUUCCGAGCCGAGUGGACAUGUAAACCGGCUGAUGAAGGAGAAUUUAGCAUUGGUUAAGCUUCUUGAGGAAAGAGAUAAAACAAUUGAUAUAAGUAGAUACGAAUUGCGGAAUUUACGCGAAGGCAUACACAAACUUCAAGUACAAAAUUGGAGCCUUGCUCAAUCCAAUUCCCAAUUCUUAGGCGAGAUCAAUUUAGCUAGAAACAAGGUGAAAGCGUUGCACCAUGAGGUUACUUGCAAAAAUGCUUUGCUAAAGGCUAAAUGUUGUGACAAAGAGAAAGGUGAAAACACUAAACCAAGAAAUGCACUAACAACUGAGAGUGUGCUAAAUAUAACGGACGAAGACUCACCGUCACCGAAACCUUUUGUACCAACCAGAAGGCGAUUCAUCAGAAGCAAAUCCUUAGGAGCAUCUACUACAAACAAGAAUGAGGCAGAAAAAGUGAAAUCGGAAACCAAAAGGAGGCACUUAAGAAGGAGAUCGCCGAGAGUGAGAUCAGCAGCGCAAGAAGUGACAGAGAAUCUGUUUGAGAUUGAAGAUCUCCAGCUUACAAUGCCUAAUGACAUGUCUCAACAAGAUAACUUGACAAUGGAAUCACAUACCCGAAAGAAAGAAGAGGGGAAAGAAGGUUUACGGACAAGACAUCAUGAUUUUGAGAUCUAUCGAUCACCAGUCGAUCGAUCAUUGCGUAGAGAAGCUGAGAGGAUACACUCUUACAAGGGAUAAAUAUGUUGGUUAGGUCCUACUAUAUUAGAGCAAAAUGUUUGUACUGUGAUGGUGGUGUUUUGAGAUUCUACAAUCUCUAGACAUGUAUAUGUUACUUCUUGGUACGAAACUCACUAACAUAUUUAUCUAUAUAUGGUUUCGGAAUAUGACCUUAUAUUAUAAAUUUGUUUGAGAUCAAAAGUAUAUUAGAAGUAGUCACAAUAUUAUUUCUGUUAAACUGAAUGUGAU